UUUGACACAAUUCACCGAUGAAAACAUUUGACUCCUCGGCUACGGUGGUCGGUCAGACAAGAGUUAAACGGACCUGCUGGAAGACGGUAACUUCAAUGACACAAGAACAGCUUAGGUGAAGUUUUAUCCGGGGGGGAUAUUAAUUCCCUGCCUCCAGUGCAGAUGCCUCGCUUGGAAAACUCAAAUGUCAGAGGGACAAAAAGGCUGCAAGUAGACUGGAAGUUUGUUCAGAGGCUCUGCAGCAUCCAGAGGGUCCUGUUCCCAUCAUGGACCAGUCAAAGUGUCCUGAUGUUUGGGACGCUGCUCGGUGUUACUCUGACAGAACAGCUGAUCAUUUACCAAGUGGGAGUCAUCCCCAGUCACUUCUACAAUGUGCUGGCGGACAAAGACUACUCAGGCUUCAGCAGCCUGGUGGGCACAGCCAUGGUCCUCAUUAUGCUCAACUCCACGCUGAAAAGCCUUGACCAGUACAUUUGCAACCAGCUGUAUCUCAGCUGGAGGACGACUCUAACCGAGAGCCUCCACUCGUCCUACUUCCAGGGUCGAGUCUACUACACACUCAAUGUCCUCAGGGAGGACAUCGAUAACCCCGACCAGCGGAUCAGCCAGGAUGCGGAGAGGUUGUGUAAGCAGAUGAGCACCAUGGCUAGCCGCUUGAUUGUCUCACCGUUCACUCUGGCAUACUACACCUACCACUGCUUUCAAAGCACCGGUUGGAUCGGUCCUGUGAGUAUCUUUGGAUAUUUUGUCAUCGGCACCAUUGCCAACAAAAUCCUCAUGGGGCCGAUUGUGGCAACUCUGUUUGAGCAAGAAAAACUAGAGGGUGAUUUCAGAUUUAAACACAUGCAAAUCCGUGUCAAUGCAGAGUCUGCAGCUUUUUACAGAGCCGGCAAAGUGGAGCACAUGAGGACGAACCGAAGGCUGCAGGCUCUGCUGCAGACUCAGAAGAGACUCAUCAACAAAGAGCUCUGGCUUUAUAUCGGGGUCAACACCUUUGACUAUCUCGGAGGUUUCCUCAGCUACAUUAUCAUCGCCAUUCCAAUCUUUACUGGUGUUUAUGAUGGCCUUACUCCCGGUGAACUCAGUGCACUCAUCAGUAAGAAUGCCUUUGUGUGCAUCUACUUGAUAAAUGGCUUCACGCAGCUAAUAGACCUGUCAACUACUCUGUCAGACGUUGCUGGAUACACCCACAGGAUUGGAGAGCUGAGGGAGGUGAUGGAUGACAUCCUACGCAAGCAGUGCGACUACGACCCUGCGUCAGGGGAAAGCUACGACUUCGACAGCGACUUCAACGUCCACGCGGGCCCCGUGGACACCGCCUUCAUCAUGGACAAUCUGUCGUACAAAUCUCCGUUCUCAGAUGAGCUGCUGGUGGAGGACCUGAGUCUGAAAAUCAGCCAGGGGACUCAUCUGCUGGUGGUGGGGAACACGGGAACCGGCAAGACGUCGUUGCUGCGGGUCCUCAACCGCCUUUGGGAAGCACACAGUGGUUUUGUCCAGAUGACCACAUGUUUCGGGCCCAGAGGAACCCUCUUCCUGCCACAGAAACCCUACCUCACCGAUGGCACACUGCGUGAACAGGUUAUCUAUCCACUGAAGGAUAUCUACCCUGACUCAGGGUCAGUGGACGAUGACAGAAUUAUAAAAUUCUUGGAGCUAGCUGGAGUGUCAAGUCUCCUGAAACGGACCGGAGGGCUGGAUGAAAAAGUGGACUGGAACUGGUAUGACGUUCUGUCCCCAGGUGAAAUGCAGCGUCUCUGCUUUGCUCGACUCUUCUACCUGCAGCCCAAAUAUGCAAUUUUAGAUGAGGCUACCAGUGCUUUGACCGAAGAGGCAGAAGCACAACUGUACCGAACCUGUAAACAGCUGGGCAUGACGCUGGUCAGUCUGGGACACAGGAGCAGCCUGGAGAAGUAUCACGAUGUCCAGUUGAAGCUGUGUGGAGGAGGCAGAUGGGAGUUAACAAAGUUAAAAGGAACCGGGGGGAGCCUCAUUCUCAGGGAAGAAUCCAUGUGAACGGAGGCAUCUUUAAAAUCCUGACAUAUCAGUGUUGGCAAUGCACCAUUCAGAACAAAAAAAAAACAGGAAAGAAGAACACAUUUUUGUAAAUCUUGUAUACAUUUAUGUAAGAUUACAAAUGUUUGUAUUAUGUUUACAGUCAUGUUUGGGGAUUAUUACAACUGUGUAGCCCAAUUUUGUUAUUAAAAACAAACAAUGUUCGUUGCUUUUAAUAAUACUAAAAGCGGAUUACGUCUGUGGAUUAUACAUACAGAGAGUUUUCUACGUGAUUUCAUAAAAAUGUUCAUGUCUACAAUAAAAACACAGUGUUUGGUCAUUAAAAUCGUUUUUUCAUA